AUGGCAGAACGCGAGACGUCUAAUGUGAGACUUUUGAAUUAUGAUCAGUUUAAGACCCGACAAAAAAUUUCUUAGUAGUUGUGCAUAAGUCACAUAACAGUAUAUGAAAAUCUUAGCAUUUUUGUACACCCUAACCAAGGUUCCCCUUGGUAUCGCUUUUAAAUCUUCCUUUCUGAAACACUAAAGUUUAGUUGAUAGGCUUCAACGUUGACCAUGUCCAAAUUCCCUUGCAAGUUGUUUUGUGGCUGCUGGCCGCCAGUGCAGCUAAAAUACGUAAGUUUCUCCAACAUAAUCACUGUAUUCUUUACCAGUUUUCCACGCAAACAAAAAAAUGGGCGAGAAAAUCCCGGAUUCAGCUUUAUUAAUUUCGCUCGGCCUUCUGUUGGGAUUGGUAUUCAGAAAUUUCAAUUUGGUAUCAAAUUUCACCAUGGAUUCCACUGUAUUCUUCUUGUAUUUGCUGCCGCCGAUAGUCUUUGAGGCGGGGUAUUUCAUGCCAAAUCGGCAAUUAUUUGACAAUAUUGGGUCCGUCGCCAUGUUUGCGAUCUUUGGAACCGUCUGGAAUACAAUCACAAUCGGUGAGCACUUUCUCUUUGGUCUGUUAGUCAUCGUCUUAUAGGCGCCACUCUCUACUACGGCGGCUAUCUCGGGCUGUAUACUGUAAAAGUAAACUGGCCGGAACUCUUUACUUACGCUGCGUUGAUAUCAGCGAUUGAUCCUGUUGCCGUGAUCGUCGUGUUUGAGGAGCUUCAUGUCAACGAAUUCUUGUUUAUCAACGUUUUUGGAGAAGCGUUGUUCAAUGAUGGAGUUGCCGCCGUUCUCUUCCAAAUCUUUAAUCGGUUGACGCUGUUAGGGCCUGCCAAAGUUGCUGGUGAGUUUUUUUUGAAGUAUUGAUGGCGCUGGUAAGCGGGGAAGCUUUAAGUGUGAUUUUCAGGGUGUCUUUAGAAUUGUCACACUUGUGAUACCUAGGCCAAAAGUGAAUCGCUGAAAAGUUUACUUCGCGCUUUACUAGGGCAGCCGAAAUAUUCAAGCCAAUAGGAAUGCUGCAGAAAUUUCAAAAAACCUUUAGGAAAUUUUAAGAACUCGAAUGCCAAUAUUCACUGCAUUCAGAGCGUCGCAGUUCGAAUAUUUAACCAAACAUUUUUUUGCAGAAUUCUCAUUCGCUGACUACUUUGUGAUAACGUCCACCGGAUGUUUCGUCGCGAUUGGCGGUAUCAUUUUUGGUGUGGUCUUCGCCUUCCUCUGCGCUCUCAGCACCAAGCACACCCAACGGGUGAAGAUUGUCGGUCCCGUUUUCGUAUUCCUCUUCCCAUAUUUGGCCUACCUGACCGCCGAGAUGUUCGCCUUAUCCGCGAUUCUGGCCAUUUGUUUUUGUGGGAUCUUCAUGAAGGAUUAUGUGAAAGGAAACAUCAGUGUGGAGGCAGCGGCGUCAGUGAAAUACUUUGUGAAAAUGCUGGCCCAAGCCUCGGAGACGGUCGUGUUUAUGUUUCUGGGGCUGUCAGCGGUCGGAUCACCGUUCUACUUUGACUUUUAUUUUGUCUUGAUUACACUUGUGGCGUGCGCGGUUUAUCGAGCAUUAGGUGAGUAUUCCGCAUUCUGAAGAUCUCAUAAUUUUUUUAAAAAAAAUAUUGGUUUAAAACUGACUUCUUUUUCGACCAAAAAUACCAAUUUUUCAGGAGUCGUUAUUCAAUGUGCAAUCCUCAACCCCUUCCUUCAAAAGAAGUUCUCCUUUUCGGAUCAGUUUGUAAUGUCCUACGGAGGUCUUCGAGGUGCGGUUGCGUUCGGAUUAUUGAGUAAUAUCCCCUCAACCUUGGAUCAAAAUAUAAAAGACCUUUUCAAAACAACAACAAUAAUUGUCAUCUGUUUCACAGUUUUUGUUCAGGUAAGUUCCUUGUAAAAUUUUCAAAUUAUCGCCAAAAAACAUAACAGUUACCUUGGUACUGAUAUAAAUACAAGGUCUAAGUACAUAAUGUCAUCAAUUUUUCAGGGGACGACAAUCCGGCCGAUUUUGAAUUUCCUGCAAAUCGAAAAAAAGUCCUCCGCAGAUGUCAAAUUUGUGGAACGAGUCUUUGACAGGGUAAUUUUCCCCUCAAAUACGACAAAUUUUUGCAUUUUUGAUGACAUUAUCUAUGACAAUCCACUUCCCUUUUCAGUAUUUCGACUACACUCUCUCCGGAAUCGAAGAUAUCAUCGACCAGAAAGGCUACAACACUUUCCGCAGCUGGUAUGAGCGUCUAAAUUCCAAAUAUUUGAAGCCGUUUUUGAUCAAAGACACCGACCCAACCCUAUUCGAUCCCUCUGCCAUUCUUCGAGCGUACAAUAAAGUGACCGCCGGCGAGGUUUUGGCGCUAAAUCAAGAGAUUUUGGAUCGAAAAAGAGCGAUCAAAAAGACGAUCGAGAUCGACGAGGUUAGUGGGAUUGAGAAUAUUGGAUUCGACAAUGAUUCAGUGGCCUCGGCGAGUACAACUGGUAAUAGGGAGCUUCAGCAGGUACAAUUUUUAUUUCUGAAUGAAAUUUGCUAUACCAAAAUUUUCAAAAUCAAAAUUUUUUUAAUCUAAACUUUCAGUUCCUCCACAAAGAAGAGAACUUGAAUGCGAUGUGCUCGAUGAUCGAAAGGAUCGUUUCACAGAAGCUUCAGGGCUACAAUCACAUUUCCUCGGCGGUGGACCGUCGGAAAUCGACCGUGGCCGAUAUUCAGGACGAUUAUUUACAUCAGCUCAAGAAUCAUUUAUAA